AUUAUCCAACCGGAAGUUACCCGAUGACCAUUGCUAACCUAAAGUCUUCACGGAACCAAACGACAAAAGUAUCCACUGUAUAAUACUAAUACACUUUUCUUUAGGACCAUCAAGUGUAUUUUUCGAUGAAGGAAAGGAAAACCGUACUAGAUAAGGAAGAUUUGGCUUCAAAAAGAUGUAAUCCUUACUAGGAUUUGGCCUGAAAUUGGUUUCGGUGUUAUGAAGAUUGUUGUUCACCCUGCGAAAGACGUUCAAAGGUAGGACUAGUUUCUCUGCUGAUAAUAUGCCAUCAUUUGGGUUUCUGGAUGAAUUGGAACAUUAUUUUCGUACUGGAAAGUUUGGAGAAAAUACUUCUAAAAGUUUGAAAAGAGGAAUCCAUAAUGCCAGCAAACGCUUCAUCUACAAAGAUGGCCUUUUAUGGCGCCCUUAUAGAGGUCGCCUCCUUCGUGUUGUCAGAAGUGACAAGGAAAUACAAGAAAUCAUGACACGCUAUCACAAUGAUAAUAACCAUGCCGGCAGAGAACGGGUUGUAAGAGAAAUUAUGAUGAUGUACUACUGGGUUGGAGUGACGGAGGCUGUGAAAAAAUGGGUCAAAGCUUGCCCAGCUUGUCAAAGCCGUAUUCCUUCUCAUCCUUCCCAACCAGCUGUUCUCUUCUGCCUGGUUUAUGGCUGUGAUGCAUCCAGUUACGCUUUCCCUGAGCUCAGCUUUCACAGGUUUCCUAAAGAUGAGAAACUGCGCAAGAAGUGGUUGCAGAUGGCUCAGAGGGAUGAAGCCUCCCUACGUGCCAACUCCUAUAUUUGCUCCAGGCACUUUGAAAUGUCAUGCUUUUCAAUCACUGAAGAGGGUCAGCUGGUGCUUUCCCCAGAUGCUGAACCAACCAAGCGGCCUGUUACAGUCCAUGGAAAUGAGGUGCCUGGAGAUUCAGAUGAAAACUUCAACUAUUGCAAAACAUGGAACGAUGAGCUUAGUGAAACGCCUUUGGCUGCCGUUGCAGACCAGGGCUCUCAUUCCUCCAAUCUGUCUGAAAAAGCUCUGCAGCUGCAGGAACAUCAGUACUGUUUACCUGGCCCCGCUCCAGACUCCAGGGCUGCCUUGACAAUGAAUGAGAACAGGCGGAGGACAACUGUCGAGCCAAGCUUUAUUACUUACAACCAUAUUGCAAGGUACUUGAGUACCAGGGUCCUACCUAUGCAGGGUAAAAGAAGCAGAUCAGCUUUAAAGCGAAUGUCCAAGCGCUUUAGUCUAAUAGAUGGAGUGCUGAUGUACACCAGAGUCUCUCCGCCUCUCAGAGUUCCUCGCAGCAGGGAGGAGGUAAAUUCCAUCCUGCAACAGUUUCAUGACAACCAGGGCCACUUUGGACAGGGGAUCUGCCAGAGACAGAUCUCAAAGCACUACCAUUGGGGGAGCUUGAGUCGUGACCUGGCCAGCUGGAUCUCUAGCUGCCAAACAUGUGUCAAUAGAUCAAAAAGGAAGAUGAUUCGUUGCAGCGUCUCCAAGUGCACCAACCGCUGUGGUCCAGUUGAGAGAAAACUCGGACUUAUUUUUCAUCGGUUUCCGCUUCAUAAUGUGCCCCUGCUGACUCAGUGGCUGAAAGCUUGUGGGCGUGGGAAUUGGCAUCCCCGGCUCUGGUCCUCCAUUUGCUCAGCCCAUUUUACGGAGAAGUGCUACGACAGCAGCGGGGAGAAACUCACCCUCCUUCCAGACGCAGUGCCCACACUUAACGUCCACAGUGACACAAAGACACAAGCAGAUGGGUUGACCUCGACACCAGCAGCAGAGGAAGCUUUUUUUGCCAAGUACAAUGCAGUGGAGCUCUACAUCAGCAGACGCAUUUACCCUCCUGGACUGACAUAUGUAGAGAAGAACACUUUCAGGAGAUUCUGCAAAAGAUACGCCAUCAUAGAUGGCAAGCUGCACGUGGUGACAAGAGAUCAAAUGCGUCUGGUUCUGAGGAGUAGGCAGCAGGUUGAAACUGCUCUUAUGGACUUUCACAAUGACCUUAACCACCUGAAUGCCAACAAAUGUCUCAGAUUACUCAACGAAAGGUACUACUGGCAAACCAUGAAGCCGGAUGUGGUGCAGUGGAUAAACAAUUGUUCUCAGUGCAGUGUGAAAAUAAGACGGAAACCAUGUCGUGAAGCAGAGGUGGAAAGAUCCGAGAUGCUUCACUCUCUGACAUCUACAGAAGAUGACUCACACAGCGAUGGAGCGGAUGGCUUUGUAGAUAUUGAAGUUGAUGGCGGAGAUAAUGAUGAAGAUGUUGAGAGUGGUGGAAGAGAUGGCAUAGUAGAGGAGCAUACGCUGGAGUCUGUGGAGAUGAUGUCUGUAGAAACACCAUCUAUCCCUUCAUCCUCCAGUUCGCCUCCCACCAAUCCACAGCCAAGAAUUCCUAUUCUUAUCCAUCUGAGAACUCCCUGUCAACUUCCAUCCAAAACUUCUAUCAUUCUUCAACCUAGGAUUCCCAACUCCACAAUUGUUACCAGACUCUGGCCGCAAGGAAAGACGACCUCUGUACAUUCUGACGCAUUCAACAAAUCUGAGAUUCAGUCAAGCAACCAAACCCUGAGGCAGCAGCCACUUCAGCCUGAAGAUACAAAAGGAAUGAGUAGCACUGAAGAUGGUAAUGAUCUGAAUCAUUUCAUCCAAGAGCAAAGUACAGCCCUACCUCUCAAAGAGCUGCAUCCUACCCCCCAAAAAAUUAAAACUCUGAAAAACAAUCAUGGACAAAGGAACAAAAAAUCAAGAGAUUUGCAGAGCCAGCACAAUGACAAGCCCUCCGUAAAGAGAAAGAGAAGUGAAAAGGGAGACAGUUUAACUGAGAGUAACUCUAGCUGUGGUUUGGAGCCAAUGGCGGCUCCAAGCUCCAAACCUUGGCCCGUUUUCACCAUCGCAAACACUGCAUUGGCAGAGGCAGCACAGCCACCACCCAGAGUGGAGAGCCCACUUGUGCAUCAGAAGUCUAAAAAGCUUCAGGCCCGGACGAUCAUCCAGCAGUGCAGCCGAGCUAAGGUUAAGAUCAGGCCAGCGGUAGAUGGUGCUGAUGCUGAGUGGGUUGAGAUUGAUCAGGGGUUGGUCGUAUAUGUAUGCUUCUUUCAUGGAGCUACAGAGGAAGUCACACUUGAGAUGGCCAACAACUUCCUGAAAGCUAAAGUUUUUCGAAAAGACAGGCACACUGUGUCUGUUCUUGACCUUCCUGGAAAUGUUUUAUUGGUUCCCCAAGACUCCUUGGUUGGUGAAUCACUGGCCAACAGAAGGAUGCAUUACAAAGAGGGAUGUGAGCCAUGGCGGGGUGCUCAGCUUUUCUCAAACCUAGUUGACGCUUGCAGGCGGCUCAUGUCGGACUCAAUAAAGUGCUCAAACGAGGGCAUGAAGGUUGAGCAUGGAGUGUACGGGCAGAAACAAGAGCUCAUCUUUGAAUCUCUGGAGCCACAAUCACUUCUUCUGGAAUUUUGAAGCACAUUUUGAAUACACAUGACUUAUAACCUGAUUUCCAUAUUUUGUGAGUCUUUAACAUGUUUUAUUUUCUCCAUUAAAGAGUGACAGCCAAAACAAUGUUAAGAAUUUUUACGUUGUACAAUAAUACAGAGGUCUUGCAAAUAAAAGAAAAACAAAACAAAAAAAAUUCUUCAAUUGAUUGACCAUCAAUUGUGAUGCUGUUUAUGGCUUUGUAGUUUUCCUGUUAGGAUGCAUUCAUGUUGACUUUUGUUCAUUUUUGUCUUCACUGCCCUCUGUAUACUUUAGCAACGGUAAAUAAAGAGAAAAUACUUUUAUCUA